AUGAAUACUGAACAAAGAAGUGAGGCACGUCUGCUUAAAGAAGUUAAAGAGCUUAUAUCAAUCCUAAAAAUGAAAAUUCGAACUGACUGCCCUAAAAAUAAAGUCUAUGAACAACUAACUCUUCGAAUUGACUCACUAGCAAAAUUCGAAGAGCAAGCUAUUUCUGAAAUAAAUUACACAAAAGAACUAGAAGAAGAAGUUUUUCGCUUGAGGAAAACAUGUGAUAAAUUUUCUGAGCUUUCAAGCUCUGUACAGCUGCUGCAUGAAAAUUAUAAAGAAGAAAUCAAAAGUUUGACAAAUGAUAAAAAUCAAUUGGCAAAUGAAAAUUCGCAGCUGAAAUCUUCAAUUCAAGCUGCAAAUGCACAAAUCAGUGUUUUAAACAAAGAAAUAGGGGUAUUAAAGGAAGAAAAUAAAAACCAAAAAGAUCAAUGGGAUAGAGAUCGAGCUAUUUUUGCUCAAGAGCAAAUUGGAAAAAAGGCUCAAGAGCAGAAAUUAUUGCAUGCAUUGGAUAAAUUGGAAAGAAUAAAGAAAUCUAAAAUUCAAGAAGACAAAAGCAUGAUGGAAGAGUGCAUGAAUCUAAAGAGAAGUUUAGAAGAAAUGCAAAAUAGGGUGAGUGAGCAAGAAGAAUUCGAAGAAAUCAUAACUCCCUUCUACUAUAAGUGAGCAAAAAAUAUUUGUACGCUCAUUGAAGAGUUUUUUUUUUGUGAAAAAAAAGUAAUCAAAAUUUAUAUUAUUUUUUCUCGAAAUAAUGAUAGCUUGCAGAAUUUUGAACUAAAAAUGUAAGCUAAUUUAUAAAAUUAUUAUUUUAGAUGCAACCUGUUUAAAAUUUAAUCAUUUACUUAUAAAAUUAAAAAAGUUUUUACAAUGACUUUGAUAUCAUAGUGAGGGAUAAGGGAAAAGGAUGAGCAGAUUGAAGCGUUGAAGAGAAAGUGCAGAUUAUUUGAAAAAGAGUUAAGCCUAAGAGAAGAUGAAGAUGAGUUUUAA